GUUCGUAAGCUAGCUUGACGAGCGCGUUCACGCGCGCACGGAAAUCGUGUAGGUCCAAUUUAGCAUCAAACAUGGCGGCCGCAGAGUAUGCAACGCGUGAAGAUUUUCAACGUCAGAUAGAGGAGUUGCAGUCGCGCACCACGUCACUGCGCAGUCAGGUCAACGAUGAAGGGCCUGGCAAAGAGAAUGAAAAUGGAGAAAGGAUAGGGUUUGCAGAAUCCGGUCACUUUGAUAAUGAGAUCUAUGAUGGUGGCAAGGCGCAUGGAAAGUAUGAUGGCUAUGUUUACUCUAUCCCUGCAAAUGAAGCAGAUGAGGACGAGGAUGACUAUGGCUCAAGUACUCUCAUGCAGAAGAAUACCUACACAGCGCCCUCUUCAUUGUUUUCAGAUGCACAGAAAGCCGGAAAGGACUAUGACCCGAUGGCGGAACAUCGUAUACCUCGUAUCAUGGACAGGGAGGAUGAGUACCGAAGACUUAGACUCAGACAAAAGAUGUCACCCGAGAGAAACGAUCCUUUUGCAGAUGGCGGUAAGACACCUGACCCGAGCCUUGCGACCUAUGCUGAGAUAAGAAAACAGCAGAUGAUGAGCAAAGAAGAGGCGGCCUACAAGCAUCAGAUUCAAGAAAAGAGCAAGGCAGGCGAACUCUUUAUCAGUAAAGAAGUGGAAAAACCAAAACCAGCUAAGAGAAGUAGAUGGGACAUGGCAAGGGGAGGUGGAGAUGGUGCAGAGACUCCGAGUACUACACCAGGUCUUACUCCAAGGAAGAAAGCUAGUACAUGGGACCAAGCAGAGUCUCAAACUCCAUCAAUCAGCCGCUGGGACGAGACACCCGGCAGACACAAGGGAGGGGAAACCCCCGGAGCCGCUACACCGGGUGCCACGCCCACUGCUAGUACCCGUAUCUGGGAGGCCACGCCCGGUCACGUCACCCCUGGUCACGUCACACCCGGACACGCUACACCCGGACAUGUUACACCUGGUCAUGCGACCCCUGGUAGAGCCACGCCCAGCGCUAGGAGGAAUCGAUGGGAUGAAACCCCACGCACAGAGAGAGAAACCCCUGGCCAUGGCAGUGGUUGGGCUGAGACACCCCGCACAGACCGUGGUGGUGAGGGGGCUCCGUCCGAGACUCCUACCCCAGCCAGCAAACGUCGAUCACGAUGGGAUGAGACCCCGGCUGGAAGCCAGACACCAUCCGCUACUCCUAUGAUGCAGAGUGGUAUCACUCCUGUAGGCUCCAAGGCUGCUAUCAUGAACACACCCACGCCAUCAGCUCUACGCAUCAUGACUCCAGAGCAGUUGCAAGCUUGGCGUUGGGAGAAAGAGAUUGAUGAGAGGAACAGACCUCUAUCAGAUGAUGAACUUGAUACACUUUUCCCUGAAGGGUACAAAGUCUUGACCCCGCCCGCCGGCUACGUACCCAUCCGUACCCCGGCCCGCAAGCUGACAGCCACACCCACCCCCAUGGGAGGUAUGAGUGGGUUCAGUAUGCAGCAGGAUGGAGGGCUAGUGGAUGCUGGAUUGGCACAACCACCGGGCAACCUACCCGUCCUCAAACCAGAUGAUACUCAGUACUUUGGUAAACUACUGAAUGAUGUUGAUGAGAGUACCUUGAGCCCUGAAGAAGCCAAAGAGCGUCGCAUCAUGAAACUCCUGCUCAAGAUCAAGAACGGUACUCCACCAAUGAGGAAGGCUGCUCUAAGACAGAUCACAGACAAGGCCAGGGACUUUGGUGCUGGACCUCUCUUCAAUCAGAUCCUACCUCUUCUUAUGUCUCCGACGCUGGAGGAUCAAGAGCGCCAUCUGUUGGUCAAAGUCAUCGAUCGUAUCCUCUACAAACUUGAUGACUUGGUUAGACCGUACGUUCACAAGAUCUUGGUUGUGAUUGAACCCCUGCUGAUUGACGAAGACUACUACGCCCGUGUCGAAGGUCGUGAGAUCAUCUCAAAUCUCGCCAAGGCUGCCGGUCUUGCCACCAUGAUCUCUACAAUGCGUCCUGAUAUCGACAACUUGGAUGAAUAUGUCCGUAACACCACAGCUCGUGCCUUCGCGGUGGUAGCCUCGGCUUUGGGUAUCCCAUCCCUAUUGCCUUUCCUGAAGGCUGUGUGCCGCAGUAAGAAGUCCUGGCAGGCUCGUCAUACUGGUAUCAAGAUCGUCCAGCAGAUAGCUAUCCUCAUGGGUUGUGCUAUCCUUCCUCAUCUUAGGAACUUGGUAGAAAUCAUUGAACAUGGAUUGGUUGAUGAACAGCAGAAGGUUCGUACCAUCACUGCCCUCGCCCUGGCUGCCCUGGCUGAAGCUGCUACACCAUACGGUAUCGAGUCCUUUGAUAGUGUUCUCAAGCCUCUUUGGAAGGGUAUCAGACAACACAGAGGAAAGGGUCUUGCUGCUUUCCUGAAAGCCAUUGGAUACCUGAUCCCUUUGAUGGACCCUGAGUAUGCUAACUAUUAUACCAAGGAAGUGAUGUUGAUCCUCAUCCGUGAAUUCCAGUCCCCUGAUGAAGAAAUGAAGAAGAUUGUCUUGAAGGUUGUGAAGCAGUGUUGUGCAACUGAUGGUGUAGAAGAGGAUUACAUCAGGGAUGAAGUUCUGCCGUCAUUCUUCAAGCAUUUCUGGCAACACAGGAUGGCCCUUGAUAGGCGUAACUACAGACAGCUCGUGGACACCACUGUUGAGAUCGCUAACAAAGUUGGAGCUUCUGAGAUCAUUGUGAGGGUGGUCGACGACCUCAAGGAUGAAGCUGAACAGUACAGGAAGAUGGUGAUGGAGACUAUUGAGAAGGUGAUGGAUAACCUUGGAGCAUCAGACAUUGAUUCAAGGUUAGAAGAACAGCUGAUUGAUGGUAUCCUCUAUGCCUUCCAGGAACAGACUACAGAGGACUCUGUAAUGCUGAAUGGUUUUGGUACCAUAGUGAAUGCCCUUGGUAAGCGAGUAAAGGCUUACCUACCUCAGAUCUGUGGUACUAUCCUAUGGCGUCUUAAUAACAAAGCAGCUAAGGUCAGACAGCAAGCUGCUGAUCUCAUCUCAAGGAUCGCUAUCGUCAUGAGAACAUGUCAAGAGGAGAAACUAAUGGGUCACUUGGGUGUUGUGCUGUAUGAAUAUCUUGGAGAAGAAUACCCAGAGGUUCUGGGCAGCAUUCUAGGAGCACUCAAGGGCAUUGUCAAUGUCAUUGGUAUGCAUAAGAUGACCCCACCCAUCAAGGAUCUCCUGCCUCGUCUUACACCUAUUCUCAAAAACAGACAUGAGAAGGUACAAGAGAACUGCAUAGACUUGGUAGGACGCAUCGCUGACCGUGGAGCGGAGUAUGUCUCAGCCAGGGAAUGGAUGAGGAUCUGUUUUGAGCUUCUAGAUCUUCUCAAAGCUCAUAAGAAGUCCAUCAGAAGAGCUACUGUCAAUACCUUUGGGUAUAUCGCCAAGGCUAUCGGACCUCACGACGUAUUAGCCACGCUGCUGAACAACCUCAAAGUGCAGGAGCGUCAGAACCGUGUAUGUACCACCGUAGCCAUUGCCAUCGUAGCCGAGACCUGUUCCCCCUUCACCGUCCUCCCCGCCCUGAUGAAUGAAUACAGGGUACCGGAACUCAACGUGCAGAAUGGUGUUCUUAAGUCACUCUCUUUUCUCUUUGAGUACAUCGGUGAGAUGGGCAAGGAUUAUAUCUACGCUGUUACACCACUGCUAGAAGAUGCUCUUAUGGACAGGGAUCUUGUCCAUCGACAGACUGCCUGUGCAGCCAUCAAACACAUGUCACUUGGAGUCUUUGGGUUCGGCUGUGAGGACGCCCUCAUACAUCUCCUUAACUUUGUGUGGCCAAACAUCUUUGAGACGUCUCCCCAUGUCAUCCAGGCCGUCAUGGAAGCCAUUGAAGGUCUUAGGGUCGGUGUAGGGUCUAUCAAGAUGUUACAGUAUGCAUUACAGGGAUUGUUCCACCCAGCCCGUAAGGUCCGAGACACAUACUGGAGAAUAUACAACACACUGUACAUCGGCGCGCAGGACUCGUUGGUUGCUGGCUUCCCUAGAGUUCCUAACGAUGAGAAGAACCAAUACCUACGAUAUGAAUUAGAUUAUGUGCUCUGAGAGGUGAUCAGAUGGAACAUUAUCAUGGAUGAUUUCAAAUUUGAUGGACAAUAAUGUGGACUUCAUGAGAUGGAGUUCUGCUCCAGACCUAUGCUUCAGAAUUGACUUUGUAUGAUAUACCAUUACUCCUGAAUAUCAGUUCUACUACUUUACCGUAUCUUCAAGGUUAAUACGUUUUGUUUUGAUUUAUUUGAAACAGUGAAGCCUGUACAUAUAGAAAGAUCGUUGACUGAAGUAGUAAUAUAUCUGUAAAGUGCUUUUAGACAUUGUCCUGGGGGGUGUUUCACAAAGAUUUAAGUAUGACUUAAAUGCCGAAGCGAACAUGAUAUGCAACGUGCAAUCUUACUGAUCAAUAUGCAGUAGUGCGCGUCCUCUUGGCAUGAUCUGACCAAUGCUGUCAUGCCUUUUAUACUGCGCGCAACUAGAUAUAUUAGUGCGACUCUAAGUCAUACUUAAAUCUUUGUGAAACACUCCCCUGAUGUGUGAAGCACUAUAUAAAAGCGGAAUAGUAUUAUUAUCAUUAUUCAAUUGAAGUAUUGUGCAAAGGAGAUCAUGUUCCCUCUUGGUAAGUGGACUUUAUGUUUAGGGCCUUUUUUCUCAAAAGUUUUUAUUGAUCCAGUCGAUCUAAAUAUAGACCUAUAUUACAGAAUAUCAGCUCUUCUACGUUUUAGGUUGAUAUGGGACCCAUUGCAGAAAGAGUUGCGUUUAAACGCAAGCCAAAAAAUCAAUCGCAAGUCCCAAAUGCGCGCUUUUGAUUGCAUGAUUUUUAGAUUUGCGAUUGAUUGCAACUCUUUCUGCAACGGGCCCAUGGUUUGAUCUAUUUGAAACAGCCUGUACGUAGAAUGAUCAUUUGAUAGAAAUGAUAGGAGACAACUGUCCUCACACAUACACAGUCAGUCAUAUUCAGGGCCUUGUUUCACAAAUACUUGUGAUUGAUCUAAUCAAUCUUAACAAAGGAGAGCCAUCAAUGUUAUAAUCCUUCAUGGAAGAGGUCUAGGCACUUAUCCGGUCUGUAGAAAAAGGGGCGUACUGUCUAUUCACAAAAAAAUGACGCACAAACAGGUAUCUUAUCAGAUAUAUAGAAACUUUGAAUCGACAUCUGCAUUCUAAAUGACAGCAUAAUCGGCUUUCAAUAUUUCAGAUCGAUCGGCUUUCAAUAUUUCAUAUUGAUUUGGUAAGUUACAACUGUUUUUGAGACAGGGCCAAGUGCCUGCUGCAGAGAAACGCUGUUAGCCUAACAGAGCGCUAACGGUAAGCCCCGUCACAUCUUUCGGAUUAUGAAGUCAAAACAUUUAUUUCAUUUGCAUUACCAGUUACAUUAGCGGUUGUAACAGGGCAUCUGUUUGUGCAUUGUUAGUGCUAACAACAUUUCUGUGCGGUCAGUUCAGGUUUUACUCAUACUAGUACAUGGCUAAAGGGAGAUCAGUUGCCUGUUCUACAAAGAGUUGCGAUUGAUCCGAUCAAUCGUAACUAUGGAAAGCCAGCAACGUCAACAACUGACAUACAUGUUUGUUCAAAAUAUUUUCUAGAAAUGACAUAUAUUCAUACAUUAACUGUUUUCUUGACAAUUCAGUACGCUUCUCUUUGUUUCCAAUGGAUAUUGAGCAAAUUUCCAAAGAAAAAAUUAUGACAUUGAUGGAUUUCCAUAUAUACUUGAGAUCGAUCAGAUCAAUCGUAACUCUUUGUAAGAUGGGGCCCUAUUUUUAUGGUAAAUGGAGAACAUGCUUGGCGGUUAAUUCAGAAGGUUAAGAAUGUAGCUCAGGUGGUGUAACAUACAGAAAUAAAUUUAUCAUUGACAAUUCAUUGCACAUUUUUGUACACGGUUUGCCAAACGGUCAUAAUUAAUUGAGCAAUUGACAGUAUCUUUAAUGUCACAGGGCACUGAUUGUGCUUUUUACACAGAUGAAUAAAACCAUGAAUAUCACUCAGUUUUACAAGUGAUUUGUACAGGAACCAUUUUAAAAUUACAUUGAAAUCCAGUCAUUUCAUUCAGUAUGUGGUAUCAUGAAAAUAUCAGUAUGUAAAUAUACUCAGUUGAAGUAGGGAACCCAUAAAUGGAGUACUCUUUCAAGUCAUUGUGCUAUAGCUUUUCUGCUUACUUCAUUGCUUUUCAUCUGUAACUGUAUUUGUUAUCUUCUGGUAGAAGAGUGAUUUUGAUAUAGCACAACUAGAUCACAUUUUUUUCUGUUUCUCAUCUCACUGAAUUUCUGCGCUGGAAUCAGGUAGGAAACUCUUUUUAUUUUGACACUAUUGACAGCUCAAUUCUGAAUCUAUUUUUUUUUUUGGGGGGGGGGGGGUCAAAACUAGUAGUCAUGUUGGAAAAUCUUAGCAGACUGCAGUGAAAUAAUCUAGAUUUAAAGCUCUUUUGCCCUCUUCCAAGGGGAAAAAUGUGUAGAGAGACUAAAGCUUUCCUUUUUCAUCUGUUCUUUCUGCAUGUAUCUUCACCUUUUUCUUAUUUCAACAAGACUGGGAUUAUGCUUAAUUACACUGUUCACAAAUGAUUAAAUCACCCACAUGUUUACUUGUGUUCCACUAUUAUGUAUCUAUGGUAAAUCAUUUCUGGAAUGUGAUAUGAAGUUGCAAUGUUAUCUGUAUAUAAGAAAAUGCUUAUGUAAUGGACAAUUGCGGUUGCUUUCCUGUGAUUCCCGUGUUGUUUUGACUUAUCAAGACUUAGGGAGCAUUUUCAUGAAGCAAAAAAAUUAUUUUCACUGACUUAUUUGCUCUGAGCCAAUCAGAUGCAAGGAUUCACAGUAGCUUGUAACAGUAGUCGGUGAAAAUCAAUCACUAUUUGCUUCAUGAAUUGCUGCCCUGAAAGUGAUUUUACAUGUGAAAACUGUCCUAGACUUAUGAUCAUUGUUUCAAACGAUAUUUUGGUGAUAAAUAAAUGAUUUGUAAAUACAUGUA